UUCUUAUAAAAAGAACCGUUGGAACUGGAAGUCAAAAGGGUUGAGUCGGUGUAUUGGCGCUUAAUAUUCCCAUCUUCUUCGCUCUUCGACUCUUCACUCAUCCCUCGUUUCUCUCCAAACACAACUCAUCCCGAUCUUUGUAACUCCUCUCCCGUGGGAGCAACCGCAUCCUUCUCAGGACGCUCACAACUAUGUCUACAAUCCAAAGAAAUUAUCAAGAUCAUUCUGCCUUUAUUUUUUUGAUGUGUCUCUAUUGUGGAAGAUGCAAAACUCUGAUAUUACAAUGCGAAUCAGAUGAAUUGUUAGUGUUUAAUGUUGCUGCAUCUAAUGCAGUGAAGUCAUCUGGUUUGGUUGCUAUUGUGAAUCACUCUUCUGCAUACACAGACAUUGCAUAUUCUGAUAGUGGGAAAUUACAACCAUCACCCUUUUGGUCUCUACCAAAACCAGAUGAUGUUACUACAAUAUUUAUACACGAAAGUUAUGAAAGGUCCAAUCAGAUGAUUUCUUUAUUAGCAACUUGA